AUGAAUCCAAUUAUUAAAGUAUUGGAAAAGAUCUAUAAAUUUGUACGAAAAAUAUAUAAAAGAUAUCAAAUAUAUAAACAAAUUAAUCGAUUGGAAACAAUUAAACUGAAUGGCAUUCGCAAGAAAUAUGGUUUACAUCAGCACUGGAACGAUGGCAUCGGUUCCCACUUACAAGACAUCUGUUUGUUUCCCAUUGUGUUUGUCUUCACAUUAGUGAUCGGACUCUACAAUAGUGUGGUCACAGCAUUAGGUUCGGCACCGAGUGCUGACCGUCGCCAAAGUCAUAUGAGUUUUGUCUUCAAGAAUGGCACCGACGAAAACAAAGUCUUUCGAAAAGUAGUUUAUUUUAUCUUUGGUUUGAUUCUGGCAUUCCUUACAUAUCUGUUCCUCAGUUCACAAGAGUUGGUCUCCGAUACAAAACUUAUUUCGAUGACUAUUAUAGCUCUUGUUGUGUUUGCAUUGAUCGCACCGUUCAAAGAGAUAAUACUUUGUCUAACACUUAUUGCAUUGCCAUCAAUAUUGUCGAGUAAAUUAAGAUUCAUAUUAGUGGCAAUCAUUGUCUAUGCCGUACUGUUUAAGUUGUCGCCCAAUAUAACAGCAAAUGUAUUGAAAGGUGUCAGCUCUGCUGGUUGUAGUGUUUGGGGCGCCGGUAAAGGUGGCAAAGAUUUAGUCAUCAGUAAUAUCAAACAACAUAUUCAAAAAUUACUACAUAUUAUACAAAAUACUUAUAGACAGAUCAAGAGGUCACUCAAAAAGUUCAAUGAAGCCAUGAAAAGAUUGCUUCAGAGUAUAGAUAUUAGGAAAAUGUGUAAACAAAAUCGUAUGAAUAAAUUCAAUAAGAAAUGUAUAAAUGAUAUGCAUUUAAGCUUAUUAUCAGUUGAUAUGACUCCUGUAUUCAUAUGCGAUGCUAUCACUAAUGGAGCACAGAGUACAUGUCAAUCGAUUAAACAAAUGUCUGCAAAAAUAUACAAUCAAACAAUUAUUUUAGUUAAUCAAACAAUUGAAGAAAUAUUGUACGAUCUGUAUGUCGACAUUGAACUAAACCACGAACUUAACCAUUCAAUCAAUAUUUCGGUCGACUUUGAUACUGCCGUCUCAUCAAUUGGACGCCAAUUCUGGGAACGACAUUAUAUUUUAAGUCAUAUGUCAUACUUGGCUAAUAUCAGAAUUAUUAUAUUAAUAAUUAUCACAUUUUGGAUAUUUAUUAUGUCAGUCAUAUACUUAAUUAUGUUCAAAAAAUCUGAUCCGUGGGAUAAUGUCUACAUUGAUGAAGAGUUUAUGGAAAUUGACAAAAAGCGAUCAGAUUUGGGAAAAGAGACUGUAUUACCGCUUACACUCAUAGAACAGGACAGAUAUGUUUCAACAUUUGACAUAACUAUGACCCGACCCGAAAUGAUUCGCUUUUUUAUUGGUUUUAUUAUGUUUUCCUAUAUCUUUGGACAGUUAAGCAUUUAUUUUAUUGUCGAUUAUUUAGUCAAUUGGCUGAUCCAUCUAUACAACAGUGUUUUAGAUAUUUUCAUUGAAGUGCUGUCGCCGUCGUCUUUUACCAUUAAAAUCGAGGGCCAAAACUUAAUGGCACAUUCAAUGAGAGGUAUGCAAGACUCGUUUGACAUCAAAGAAAAAAUGAUCAAAAAAUUUGAAUCCUGUAAAGCAGUUCCCAAUCCGCCAAAUGUAGAGCUAUACAAAAAAAUGUCACUUUUAUUAUUAGUUGUAUUGAUGACUGUAUUUUGCGGGUCAUAUGGUCUCCGGCUUCGUCAUUAUGUGGCCGGUCUUUUUUAUCCACAUCGCAUACCUGUCCGUACAGUUUGGCUCUACAAUCAUAUACUCAUAACAAGAGGUAAUAUAUUUGAAUUCUGGAGAAAACAAAUGCGACAAAAAACUUAUGGAGAUAUCGAUGGUCCAGAAAGUGUCAGUCUAUUUGAACGGUUAUGUCAUGAAUACAAGUAUUUGCGUAUCAUUUGUACCGUUUUGGGUGUCUAUGAGAAACAAGUUUCAUGUGUAGUGUGUGGCAUACGAGUCAAAGACGACGGUUCUGACCAAUCCAUCAGUUGUGUCAACAAAUGCGGUGCCUAUUAUUGUUUCGACUGUUUGGGCGGACUUAACAAUAUAUGUAUAAAUUGUAUGAAUACUAUUGACUACAUAAAUAUUGGUGACAUCAGUGAAGAAAUGGAUUCAAGCGAUGAAGACAUACCCUAUACUCUCGAUGACGAAGACUUUCUCUAUCAGUACAAUAAAAAGAAAGAUCAAAAAGUUCAACAAAUUAUCGACUAUUUGGAUGAUACCGAUCAACACGCCUAUCAAAGACGUGAUUUGGUAUCAAUUGCCUAUCAAUACGACACUAAACAUCAAAUGCCAAAACAUAUAUAUAUUGUGAACAAUAAAGAGGACGAAAGUCAUUACGAGACCGACGACGACGAGUCAUAUAAUAACGAUAGCAAUGAUUACAAUAAAUAUUUAUUUAGUUUAGAAAAACAGUUGAGAAUACCGGCUGAAGAUAUCGUUAGAAUGAAAACCAAUGCCAAGAAUUUUAUGGAACAGGAGAUCAAUACCAGUGCUGUCCAUAAGGUUAAGGAAGACAUGUAUUCACAUUUUAGACGUGAAGACGACCAACGAUUGAUCACAAAUGCAUUACUGUAUCAAAAUAGAGACCAAAAAAGCCAACAAAAAUAUAACAAAAUGUGA